CUGGGCUGGGCCAGUCUCUGGUGUUACUGCAAGUUCGGUUUUCAGAUUUGCUAAGUUUUCCCACAUCAUUCACAAUCUUGACAUAAUCAGUAGACAGAGGCAGUAGGGUGAGUGAAAAACGAAAAGGAACGAGAGUGUUUGAGACAAGAUGAAUAGGACUAUGGAGUCAUCUGAAAGCACCUUAACAAAAAGCAGUAGAAACACAGCUUUGAAUGAAGAACAGAUACCAGCUCUGAAGCCUAAAACAGCAUUUAGCAUAUUCUGGAGAUCCAUGAUUCUAAUGUUAUUCUGUGUUAUACUUGGGAUUACCAUUCUAGGAAUUACAGAAUUCAAGCAAAACAAGGUCAAGUCUGUUCUGCAGGUUGUUCGAAUUACAUUUCAAGACACUCAAGGGGUAGCACUCAACCAGUCUGCUUUUGUUGAAAAGGGGAAGGAUGCUGUCACGAUUUAUGUAACAUCUCAAACCAACCAUACAACAGCAGUACUGUUCGAUGGAAGAAAUGGCCUAGUCUGUUAUAAAUCUGCUGAGCAAGACUCUUGUUUUAUCCGAAAGAUGGAGCAGCGUGAUGUCGAGAAUGUGCAAACCAUCGUAAAUAUGUCAGAGAACAGGGUUGAUCAACUGUUAAUAGAGAGAAACAAAACAAAAUACUAUCAUGAGUUUCUUGGAAUUCUUGGAAGAAAUCCUGUUGAUCCCAAUACCGUGGGUGAGCGUAUCCAAAGAUUAUGCCAUCAAAACCCAAUCUUUUGGGUCAGGAAAAGAGAUGGUCCUUCAAAACAAAGACUGAUUUACUUCUGCAUUGACAUAUGUUUUCCAAACAACAUUUGUGUUUCUGUCUGUUUCUAUUAUCUCCCGGAUUAAGAGUCUGCCAAAAAUAGAGAUGUAUCCAUGUGUUGUGUAAUAAUUUUUACUUGAAUUUACAUUUUGUAUUUUAUUAAUUUAAGACUAGAAACAUGAAUGCUUAAGAUAAAUGUGUUGUCGUAAUUGUUUUUCUUGUAAGAGGUAGCUAUGUUAAGUGGUUCAUCCCCUUAACUACAAAAGAAAUUGUGAAUCGCAGGUUUGAUUCUCAAGACGGAUGUGCCAUGUGACUUUAACUGCUGCCUUGGCUCAGUUUCAGAACCACAAGCUGUACCAUUUAAUAGAAGGACACCACUGUCACAAAGCUUUUGUAACUCGUAUGAGACAUCCAUAUUAAAACAACUAGUGGGGAAAAGUUUAAAUUCAGCUAUUUUUUUUUUUUUCAUUUAUUUCAUUUGAAAUAUUUUAUAUACAUUCAACGGAAAGCAAAGGUCUAUAUUCAGUACCAGAUUAAAUGGCCUUUUCUUGUUUCUGUAUCUUAAUUUACUAGAUUUGUUACUGAUUCUUUCAUUAUUGUUAGGAUUUAUAAGUAAGUGCAUUUCUGAAAAUGUUUUGAAUAUAUUUUAAGCAGCUUGGAACUGUAAUGUAAAGUCACUGUUUCUUUCACAGAAGCUUAAUUUUCAAAAUGAACUGAUUUAUUGUAAUAGCUUAUGUCUGAAAAAUGCUAAUACAAAUAAAACUAAAUCCUUAUAUUUGUUCAAAUUUUA